AUGCUCUCUUUUAUCACGUCCUUUAUUCCAACUUCCUACCUCCUCCCAGGAUGGCUGAUACCCGAUAUAAAUCCAGUGGAUAGCUUUCUUCAAGGGCUGAUCGGUGCAUGUGGGAUCUCCGUGCUUUGUUGUCUGUUAAGAGUUCACUUACUGUUAGAGAACAGUAAUAAAAAUGAAAAAGGCACAUCGAGUGAGGAGACAACCAGUCAACACAUCAGGAGCAAACCUGGACAUGUUGGCCUGCUUCGGUUUUUAUUUGUGGCCGGGUUACUGGCUGUGGUGGGCUCCCGGGUGGCCUCACUAGUCGUACUAGAAUUUAUUCUUCGAUCCAUCUCUGGACUCCUCACAGCUCGACCGGAGUCCAGCAAAUUUCUGCAGCAGCUGUUAGUUCAGAGCCAGUUUUCUCUGGGGUGCGCCCUGAGCUGCAGCCUGAGCUUCCUCCACGAGGGGGCGUCGCAGCGCUGGCUGUGUCUGCUCCUGGCAGCUGCACUCAGCUGGUUCCUGGAGAGACAGGCUUCAGGACUGCUGCACCAUGUCACGGCUCUGUACAGCCUCCACAGCUCACAGCGCUACUGCGGCAUCUGCAUCUGCCUCCUGACAUCAGGCAGCCGCCUGCUGCCCAUGCUGUGCAGGGCCAUGGUCAUCACCUUCUCCGUGGCCGCCCUGGCCGCCGUGUCCAUCAUCAACCAGCAGUUUCUCUCUGCAUCUGAAGCCCUCAGGUUCUGGACACCACUGACUAUCUGCUACACACUUUUAGUGGUGUACAUGCAGGAGGAGCAGCACCGCAUGCCCGGCAGCCAGGCUGUUUUUAACUCUGUGGUGGUGCGUCUCGGGGGCUUGAUGGUGCUGAUGCUGACUGUCGGCCGCUGGGCCGACGUGCUCCACAUCCUAAUGUGUUUCCUGGGUGAGGCCAGCUGUCUCAUCCCCACUAAGGACCUGCUGGAUGCGGCAUCCUCGCAGGUCAGCAAGUCUCCCUGGAAGCGGCACACAGGGCCAAAAGCACUUUCUGUCCACUGA